AGUCACGUUCUAUUGAAUACCUUGUGCUGUUGCUGCCAUCGAAAAAUCUGGUUACACUCUGGGGAGGCCUGCUACCACUGCAGGACUGAACCGCCGCGGCCCUGAGAUGAGUGUCCGGCCUGAGCAGGCACACCAUGAAUAGAUACACAACGAUCAAGCAGCUUGGGGAUGGAACCUAUGGUUCCGUCCUGCUAGGAAGAAGCAUCGAGUCUGGGGAACUGAUUGCCAUUAAGAAAAUGAAAAGAAAGUUUUAUUCCUGGGAAGAAUGCAUGAAUCUUCGGGAGGUUAAGUCACUGAAGAAGCUUAAUCAUGCCAAUGUAGUAAAAUUAAAAGAAGUUAUCAGGGAAAAUGAUCAUCUUUAUUUUAUCUUCGAGUACAUGAAGGAAAAUCUUUAUCAGCUCAUUAAAGAAAGAAACAAGUUGUUUCCUGAGUCUGCUAUAAGGAAUAUCAUGUAUCAGAUAUUGCAAGGACUUGCAUUUAUUCACAAGCACGGCUUUUUCCAUCGGGACUUAAAGCCUGAGAACCUCCUCUGUAUGGGACCAGAACUUGUGAAAAUCGCAGACUUUGGAUUGGCCCGAGAAAUCCGAUCAAGACCUCCAUACACAGACUACGUAUCUACCAGAUGGUACAGGGCUCCAGAAGUUCUCCUGAGGUCUACCAACUACAGCUCCCCCAUUGACAUCUGGGCUGUGGGCUGCAUCAUGGCAGAGGUGUACACCCUCAGGCCACUCUUCCCUGGGGCCAGUGAAAUUGACACGAUAUUCAAAAUUUGCCAACUGUUGGGGACACCAAAAAAGACGGACUGGCCUGAAGGCUACCAACUUUCAAAUGCUAUGAACUUCCACUGGCCCCAGUGCAUACCCAAUAACCUGAAGACCCUGAUUCCGAAUGCUAGCAGUGAAGCAAUUCAGCUCCUGAGAGACAUGCUUCAGUGGGAUCCCAAGAAACGGCCAACAGCUAGUCAGGCACUUCGAUAUCCUUACUUUCAGGUUGGACAUCCACUAGGCAGCACCACACAGAGCCUUCAGGAUUCAGGAAAGUCACAGAAAGAUGUCCUGGAAAAGAAAGGCCCACCUCCUCUCAUCAAACCAGUCCCUCCAGCCCAGCCUCCAACCAAGCCACACACCAGAAUUUCUUCCCGACAGCAACAAGCCGGCCAGCCCCCUCAGCAUCUCAUCUACCCCUACAAAGCAGAAGCCUCCAGGACAGACCACCCAAGUCAUCUUCAGGAGGACAAGCCGAGCCCGCUGCUCUUCCCAUCCCUCCACAGCAAGAAUCCUCAGUCGAAAAUCCUGGCUGGCCUGGAACACAAAAAUGGUGAGAUCAAGCCAAAGAGUAGGAGAAGAUGGGGUCUCAUAUCCAGGUCAACAAAGGAUUCUGAUGACUGGGCUGAGUUGGACGACUUGGAUUUCAGUCCAUCCUUCACCAGGAUUGACCUGAAAAACAAGAAAAGACAGAGUGAUGAUGCUCUUUGCAGAUUUGAGAGUGUUUUGGACCUGAAGCCCUCUGAGCCUGUGGGUACAGGAAAUAGUGCCCCCAUCCAGACUUCUUAUCAGAGGCGAGACACACCAACUCUGAGAUCUGCAGCCAAACAGCACUACUUGAAGCACUCUCGAUACUUGCCUGGAAUAAAUAUAAGAAAUGGCAUGCUCCCAAAUCCAGGCAAAGACUUUAUUCCAUCUAACCCAUGGUCCAGUUCUGGUUUGUCUGGAAAGUCUUCAGGGACAGUAUCAGUAAUCAGCAAAAUAAAUUCAGUUGGUUCCAGCUCUACAAGUUCUAGUGGACUGACUGGAAAUUAUAUCCCUUCCUUCCUGAAAAAAGAAAUCGGUUCUGCUAUGCAGAGGGUACACCUAGCAUCUAUUCCAGAUCCUUCCCCAGGUUAUUCUUCCCUGAAGGCUAUGAGACCACAUCCUGGGCGACCUUUUUUCCACACCCAGCCUAGAAGCAAUCCGGGGUUGAUCCCACGGCCUCCAGCCGCCCAACCAGUGCAUGGCCGGACAGACUGGGCUUCCAAGUACCCAUCUCGGCGAUGACUGUCUCAGCAACCAGGCCCUUGGUCUGGGAGAGCAGGACACUUUCCCUAGACUGACUGUGUUCCACCCACAAGAGACAUGUUGAUGAUACAAAGGCAAACCAACACUUUAUUCUUCUGAACUAAGACAUUUCAAUAUUCUUUUUUAAAGUUUUUUUUAACAUUGA